CGUCGUUGUUAGGAGGUCAUUUAUUGACAAGGGAGAAGGUGACUCCUCGGCGAGACGGACAGUGGCUAGCUGGUCAAAUCGUACAAAAUAACCAAUAGAGGGCUGGUUGCGGGGAAAUUAGCAACCAUGGCUUCUUUUGGAAGGGCGUUGGGAGUCCUUCGCACAGGAUCUCAGCUCCUGAGACGCGGUACACAGAGGAUAACGAUCAGAAAUGGUAGCGACACACCGACUAUAGUGCCACUGUACAGGCAGUUCCCGAUAAUAUCGAAGAAACAUAUUUUGAAGUCCGAGCUGCUCAGCGGUGCCAUGUGGUUCUGGAUCCUCUGGCACUCCUGGCACGACCCUGAUGCAGUCCUGGGUCACUUCCCCUGGCCGGAGGCCUCUGAAUGGACAGAUGAGGAGCUUGGAAUCCCACCAGAUGACGAAUAAGAUCAUUUCUUCUGUUUCAUUUGCUUAAAAAGGACAAAGGUCACAAUGAGGAAUUCUAGCUGCGGGGCAAGUCUAAAUCUUCUGGAUAUCCCGAAAGUCAGUUCUGUAAAUAAACUAAUAAAAAGAUCUGUAUGAAUAAGAUA